AUGCGACCUUCUCAUGCCCAAUUAGAGUGAGAGAAAUGAGGUCACCAGUGGGAUGACCCACAAUUGUACCCUUUCUGUAAGAGACUUAAGAUAGGCAUCAAAAACUUUUUCAGCUUAAAUUCAGACCAUCUCAAUAACUUUGCAAAGGUGGUCAGAGGAGAACCAUGUCCUAAAUGUGGUAUAUGUAUUAUCAAACUAGAAGGAUGAUCCCAUAUGGUAUGUGCUAAGUGUAGUCAUGAGUUCUGAUGGCUAUGACUUGGACAUUACCCCAGUUAUCACCAUACCGAGCUCACUUUCUGACCAUUACGCAAAGUCAUGCUAAACUUCUUCAUAGCAAUGUUUCUGAUAGUUGCGAUUAAUAACAAAUUGAUAUUCACAUCAGAGACUUUUAGGAUCUACGAGAGGAUCGCUAUAGAAUGGAUUGUCUUUAUCCUAGCUGCGAACAUCUAUGCAAUUUCAGUCCUUAUAGAACUCAAGUUAUUAGAAAUGAUUUCUGAAAACAGAGAUCUCGCAGCAGCCUUUCCUGAAUAUGCUGAAAUCUAUAACUCAAAUACUAAAUAUUUCAUGGUGAUAGCUGUAUGAUUCCCUAUUAUCUACAUUGGUUGGUCAAUUUUCUUUUAUAAACACUUUGAAUACUUCAGACAGAUGAUAGCCUUACUAGAGUUCGAGGCUCUCACUAUAGCUUUGAUAGUUGCAUCGUUAGGAAUAUGCUACUUGGCGAAAGUUUUGCUCUGUCCUUCACCAGAAGAUUAUGAGGAUAACGAUAAUUUCUCUUCUGUAUUAUCAAUGGAGGGACAAGAGGAGCUAUUGCGCUCAUUUCCUAGUUUUGAUGAAGAGAAUAUCGGUGAAAUGUUCAUUGAGCAUGAGCUACCAGAUAGCUUAAAGAUAUCUUCUCCGAUUAGAGAAGGAAUUGGUGAAGAAAGCAAAUACGAAAUAGGAACUUUGUCAGAGCUAGGCAUCAACAACAGGCUUAAUGAGAGAAUAGUCUGAGAUACAUCUAGAGAAAGUAUGGAAUUACCAAAAGAAAUAGAAAUGGUCAGUGCACCAAGAAUCUUCAAGCUGAACAACACUUAUGACUACACACAGAAUUAACCCAAUAACCCCCAAGCCAAACAGAGAUGUCUAGACGUUCAGAACAAGGAAGUACCCCUCAAAAAUAUGUUAAAAGUUCCAGGAGAUUCGAAGAACAACAGUUCCUACGACUAAACAUUUUCUGAAAAUUUGGGUAAAGCUAUAAUUGA